AUGUCUUCUGAUCCGUCAACGUCUCCUAACUUGUGUUCUGAAAAGUCAGAAGCUUCUGGGUCUUCUGAAAACUCUGAAUGCUCGAAUGAAGAUUCUACCUGUCGAAUAUGUGAAUUGACAGCUCAUGGUGUUCACUUCGGUGUGGCAAGUUGCAGGGCAUGUGCCGCUUUCUUCAGACGAACAAUAGUUAUGUCUCGCACCAAGAAAUACAAAUGUCGUGGAGGCCACAACGCGUGUGCAGUUAACACUAGUGACAGAUAUCAAUGUAGACUAUGCAGAUACAAUAAAUGUGUUGUGAUGGGAAUGACAGCCGAAAAUGUCCAAUGGAAUCGAGAUCCAUUUCCAGAGGCAAGAAAGAGAAAAGAUAAGGAUAGUGAAGAUGAAGAGGAUAGGGUUCCUGCUAAGAGACAUGCCUUCCCACCACCUCAUCUUUUGAUUACCAAACCAAAACGAAUUGUCGAUGUAACAAUACUCUCCGGAAAGAUUCAAAAAAUACUGAAUGAUAAAAAGAUCGGGGAUCACCCAAAACUGAAAAAAAUGAACAACUUGGAAAGGUUGGAACAUGCGUUGAAAGAAUGGAGAUUGAAACAAAAACCGGAGGAGCAAAUGGAGAUGAUCUCCAAACUGACAAUCCAAGAAAUGUUUUCAAUGUGUGAAGACCAAAUGCUAGUGAUUGCCACGUGGUUGUCUCACUGUCCAUAUUUUCAAAAGUUGGAAUCACCUGAAAAAUAUAGAAUGUUCAAAGUGGUAUGGAAUGUCUGGAGACGAUUCGAAAGAGUUGAGAUGUCUGUUCAAAUGUUUGGAAGGAAAACUCCUGGUCAUGUCAUGAAAUUUGCUAUCUCUGACAAGUAUUACGUGACACCGAAGCUAUCCAUAGAUAUAUCCAAAAUUACGGAUUGGCCUUUAUCAGCUACUUUUAUGGGUGGUUUAUUCCGGGAUUCAGUCCGGAAAAUGUUCGAACAGACUGGUGUUCAACUGGCAUAUUUGGAGCCAUCAUCAAUGGAAAUGGCCUAUAUGUUGAGUCAGUUGAGCUGGCAGUUAGCGGGUCAAUCAUUACAAGGAAAAGUGAUGGAAAUAGCAGAAAUUCAACAGGAGGAACUAGCCGAUAACCUCCAUAAUCAUUAUCUCCAAAUCAAACGACGAUCUAAUUAUGCGGGUAGACUUGUGAAACUGAUGAGUGUUGUGAAUAUUGUGAAACGACUUCAAAUGGAACGAAAAAUUACAAUCGAGUUGGCUAAUGUAUUUGACUUUUUCAACGUCGAACUUUCGGAUCCAGAUUUUUUUGAAGGAUAA